GAUAAAUUGUGUGCGGUACAAUUGGUGGAGUCGGGUACGAAACUGCCCUUUUGCUUUUCCUGUGAGGGACAGUUCAGUCUAAGCUAAAACCAGCCGAAUCAAACCGUUAAACCAGAAAAUCCCAAAAGGGGGGAAUAUUACCGGGGAGCUAUUAUGUCGGGAAAUAAAGACAGUGACGGAGGAUGGAGGACAUUUGUGUGGAAUUCCGAGAAGAAGGAGUUUCUAGGACGAACUGGGGGCAGCUGGUUUAAAAUCCUCUUGUUCUACCUGAUAUUCUACGGAUGCUUGGCUGGAAUUUUCAUUGGGACCAUUCAGGCACUGCUGCUCACGUUAAGUGACUACAAACCCACCUAUCAGGACAGAGUUGCUCCCCCAGGUCUAUCACACACCCCACGCUCAGACAAAUCUGAAAUUGCUUUCAACAAGGAUGAUAAGUCUACAUAUGAGAAGUACACCAAAAGCAUGAUGAGUUUCCUUAAACAGUAUGAUGAGGAGCGUCAAGUUGAUACCAUGAAAUUUGAAGACUGUGGAGACACUCCUCAGACAUACAAGGACCGCGGACCUCUGGAAGAUAAAGAUGGACAGAAGAAAGCUUGCCGUUUCAAAAGGUCUUUGCUCGGUAGCUGCUCAGGGGUGCUCGACGACUCUUUUGGCUUCAAGGAGGGAAAGCCCUGCCUUAUUGUCAAGCUCAACAGGAUUGUUAACUUCAGACCAAAGGCUCCUGCUAACAACGGGUCACUCCCAGAGGCUCUGCAGGCCAAAGCACAGCCCAACCUGAUCCCCAUUUACUGCAAAAAUAAGAGAGAAGAGGAUGAAGCCAAGAUUGGAGAGAUCAAGUACUUUGGGUUAGGCGAAGGCUUCCCUCUUCAGUACUACCCAUACUACGGCAAACGGCUGCACCCCCAGUACCUGCAGCCUCUGGUGGCCAUUCAGUUUACCAACCUCACUCUCGGUCAGGAGCUCCGCAUUGAGUGUAAAGUAUAUGGAGAAAACAUUGACUACAGUGAGAAAGACCGCUACCAAGGACGUUUUGAUGUCAAGUUCACAAUCAGUUCAACAUGACCUCAGCCAUGAUGAGCACUUUCAUUUUGAAACAAAUAAAAUGUAGAGCGAUUCUAAAAGAGUUCAGAUAAACCCCACUAGUCUCUGAACAUUCAUAAUAUACAGGGCCUACACUUAAUCUGUGUGCUUUACAUUAGCUUUUCUGUGUGUUUGUCGAGGGUUAGAAUGUAAAAUACAAGAGUAGCAAUAGCAAAUAUUUAUUCUAUUGUACAAGAAAAUAUUCCGUGAGCCAUGGGAUGUGUUCAUCUAUUACUGUAAAACUGCAAUUCCACUACUGACGUGUAGCGAGCUGUGUUUCUGUCCCCGAGUAUUUCACCCUAAUGUGGUUUCUAUAUAUUUUUUGGAGUGUCCAGUGCUGUAGUCCAGUCCUGUUGUAAUCUCUUCUGUCUUAUGUCAGCUUUAGUGGUCCAAGGUGUGUGCGUGCGCUCGUGUCUGUGUGCAGGUGUUUUAGUUUAUGUGAGUGUGUGGAGUGUGUGUUAAUGUGCUCUGACUAACUGAAUUACUAGCUAAGGUACUCUGAACCUUUAAGGCCCAUGUAUGAGUAAAUGACUGCGCUCCAUGGAAUCUAUAUAUUUUCUUUUUUUUUUUGGUCUGUUUCUUUAUCCAAGUUGUCCAAGUUGACUGUGGAAGAAUACAUUUGUACACCUUUUUUUCUUUGUUGUUCACCUUAGCUGUAGGAUAUUGUUUGAUGACAUUUCUGUUUGAUACUCUUACAUCUGUUCAUUCUUAAUUCAUAGUGUAGAGCUUUGUGGGUCCAGCCUAGAAGACUGUCACCUCCAUGGAAACAGUGGCAACUCAGUGCUUUUGAAAUCUGUUUUGCUGGAGACAUCACAUGACGUGAUGCUACUUCCUAUUGAAUGUUUUAGCCAUUUUCAUGGUGGAAGAAUUUUAUAUUUAUGCAGUUGUAAAUUUUUUUCAAAGUUUAAUGUAUGAAUCCAAUACCAAAGUCGCUGGUCAAAAAGUUAAAGAAUAUCAGAGGCAAUGCAGUAUCCCGUGUAAUAAGAUGUUUAGUUGGUGUGAAAUACUUAAUUCAAUGUUAAAGAUCAAAACACUUGGCAGGACUCUACUCUUGUCACUUUAUUUAAUCUGCACAAGGCUGAAACAAUAAACAGAAAAAUGAGUCAAC